UCUCUUCCUGAUCCAGGGAUCAAACCUGGGUCUCCUGCACUGCAGGCAGACUCUUUACCAUCUGAGCCACCAGGAACAUCAAACCUAUGCAGGGUUGGCAGCCUGGAAAGAUAGAAUGAGCUCCCCAUCCUAGCAGCCAUGAACACCCACCCCAAGGAGAUGGUGCCCCUCACGGGCAGAAGAGCCACCAUUCCCUUUGUGAACCCUGUCAUCUUGCAGGAGAAGAGGCCGUCAGAGAUCACCCCCACCAAGAAAAGUGCACACUUCUUCCUGGAGAUAGAAGGGUUUGAGCCCAACCCCACGGUGGCCAAGACCUCUCCCCCCAUCUUCUCCAAGCCCAUGGACUCCAACAUCCGGCAAUGUGUCUCUGGCAACUGUGAUGACAUGGAUUCCCCACAAUCUCCUCAGGAUGACGUGACAGAGACCCCGUCCAAUCCCAACAGUCCCAGCGCAAACCUGGCCAAGGAAGAGCAAAGGCGCAAAAAGAAGCGGCUGAAGAAACGCAUCUUCACGGCGGUGUCGGAGGGCUGCGUGGAGGAGUUGCUGGAGCUGCUGGGGGAGCUGCAGGAGCUUUGCAAGCGACGCCGCAACGUGGAUGUGCCUGACUUCCUCAUGCACAAGCUGACGGCCUUGGACACGGGGAAGACCUGCCUGAUGAAGGCCUUGUUAAACAUCAACCCCAACACCAAGGAGAUUGUGCGGAUCCUUCUUGCCUUUGCUGAGGAAAAUGACAUCCUAGACAGGUUCAUCAACGCUGAGUACACGGAGGAGGCCUACGAAGGGCAGACGGCGCUGAACAUCGCCAUCGAGCGGCGACAAGGAGAUAUCACCGCGGUGCUCAUCGCGGCCGGGGCCGACGUCAACGCCCACGCCAAGGGGGUCUUCUUCAACCCCAAGUACCAGCACGAAGGCUUCUACUUCGGUGAGACACCCCUGGCGCUGGCAGCCUGUACCAACCAGCCCGAGAUUGUGCAGAUGCUGAUGGAGAAUGAGCAGACGGACAUCGCCUCGCAGGACUCGCGGGGAAACAACAUCCUCCAUGCCCUGGUGACCGUGGCCGAGGACUUCAAGACGCAGAACGACUUUGUCAAGCGCAUGUACGACAUGAUCCUGCUGAGGAGCGGCACCUGGGAGCUAGAGACCAUGCGCAACAACGACGGGCUCACACCCCUGCAGCUGGCUGCCAAGAUGGGCAAGGCCGAGAUCCUGAAGUACAUUCUCAGCCGUGAGAUCAAGGACAAGCGGCUCCGGAGCCUGUCCAGGAAGUUCACCGACUGGGCAUACGGGCCCGUGUCAUCCUCGCUCUAUGACCUCACCAACGUGGACACCACGACCGACAACUCGGUGCUGGAGAUCAUCGUCUACAACACCAACAUCGACAACCGGCAUGAGAUGUUGACCCUGGAGCCCCUGCACACGCUGCUGCAUAUGAAGUGGAAGAAGUUCGCCAAGUACAUGUUCUUCCUAUCCUUCUGCUUCUAUUUCUUCUACAACAUCACCCUGACCCUCGUCUCUUACUACCGCCCCCGGGAGGAGGAGGCCCUGCCACACCCUUUGGCCCUCACGCACAAGAUGGGGUGGCUGCAGCUCUUAGGAAGGAUGUUUGUGCUCAUCUGGGCCAUGUUCAUUUCUGUGAAAGAGGGCAUCGCAAUCUUCCUGCUGAGACCGUCAGAUCUCCAGUCCAUUCUCUCAGAUGCCUGGUUUCACUUUGUCUUUUUUGCCCAAGCUGUGCUUGUGAUACUGUCUGUCUUCUUGUACUUGUUUGCCUACAAAGAGUACCUCGCCUGCCUCGUGCUGGCCAUGGCCCUGGGCUGGGCGAACAUGCUCUACUACACGCGGGGGUUCCAGUCCAUGGGCAUGUACAGCGUCAUGAUCCAGAAGGUCAUUUUGCAUGAUGUUCUGAAGUUCUUGUUUGUAUAUAUCGUGUUCUUACUUGGAUUUGGAGUAGCUCUGGCCUCACUGAUCGAGAAGUGCCCCAAGAGCCAUGAGAACUGCAGCUCCUACGGCAGCUUCAGCGACGCGGUGCUGGAACUCUUCAAGCUCACCAUAGGCCUGGGUGACCUGAACAUCCAGCAGAACUCCAAGUACCCCAUCCUCUUCCUGUUCCUGCUCAUCACCUACGUCAUCCUCACCUUUGUCCUCCUCCUCAACAUGCUCAUAGCCCUGAUGGGGGAGACAGUGGAGAACGUCUCCAAGGAGAGCGAGCGCAUCUGGCGCCUACAGAGAGCCAGGACCAUCCUGGAGUUUGAGAAGAUACUGCCAGAGUGGCUGAGGAGCAGAUUCCGGAUGGGGGAGCUGUGUAAAGUGGCAGAGGACGACUUCCGGCUGUGUUUGCGGAUCAACGAGGUGAAGUGGACUGAAUGGAAAACUCAUGUCUCCUUCCUCAAUGAAGAUCCGGGGCCCGGGAGACGGACAGCAGAUUUCAACAAAAUCCAAGAUUCUUCCAGGAGCAACAGCAAAACCACCCUCAACGCAUUUGAGGAAAUAGAUGAAUUUCCGGAAACUUCAGUGUAAAAGCAGGACUCAGAGCUCACGUGUGUGUGGGCCAUCUGAUGCUGGAGCCUGGGUGCUGGACUUGGCGCUGCGUGCUUUGCAGAGUGAUGGAGCCUGGCUCCGCCUGCAGAGACGAGGAAUGCACCCUCAUGCUGAGUGGUGUGACUGAACCAAGGGGCAGUUGUCAGUUUGUCUGAGUGGGAACACCCUGGAGUUUGUUAUUCAGCAAAGAGCUUGUAAAAACCUAUGGCCAGCAUUCCUGAGCCUGGGAGUUCCAGGAGCCCUGAAUCCUGGGUGAAGCUCCUGUGUUUACCAACUGCAGGUCAACUUGGCUGGAAGAGAGGAUGGCAGGGCAGGGGCAGGGGCCCAAGGAGCACAGGGAGGAGUCUUUCUUCUCCCAAUGUCUUGACAGUGUCUUGUCAGUGUCUUGACAGCCCCUAGCCCCAGCCUUAAUAUUCUACCAUCUCCCCUACUGUGACUGGAUCUCCUGAAUUUAAGGGCCCCUUGACCCCAUCAUAGAAUGUACAGGGGACUGAGCUGAGCCUGGUAUCCUGGGGUCAGAGGGGAAUGAGCUUCUGGAAUCUUCAGGGAGCAGGAAAACACCCUCAGAAUAAGUGGCCUUGGUACUCAAGGCUUAGACUGUCUCCUAACUGAGAGAUGAUUCUAGAAGC